AGUUUCAGUCCAACAGCAGAAAUCCAGCUGUCAUACGAUAUAAAAGAGACAAAGUAUCGAAGAACUGAACAAGGUGAGUUCACAAAGGCACUUCUAUUUGCAUAAGUACAGGUGUUCAUAUCAGUGUGCACGGAUCCAUUGUGAUAUCUGGGUUACCAUGACUGGAUCAACUCUGAUUUCAUCUCUCCUGACAUUGGCCUGCAUUCUCCUGCCAUUAUGUGCUGCUCAAGGUGGCUCAUGCAGGGGUCGGUGUGCUGAGUCGUUCAGGCGUGGGAGACAUUGUGACUGUGAUUCAGACUGUGUCCUCUACAACACAUGCUGCCCUGACUACCAUGCACAGUGUGACAAUACUAAAGAGUGUAUUGCGGUAUGCCUUGCAAACCAUCAAGGCCCAGAUGUCCUGAGAGAUGGAAACAGUGCUCUGGGUGGGAUAUAUAAUUUGAUGGCUCCAUCUCAGGCUCCAUCACUUGCUGGAGGCCUCUUCGCUCAGGUCAUUGAGCCUUUGAGCCCUUCUGACUUAUCAGAAUCAGGUCCUGCUCCAGUAGUUGGGCCAGUAGAAGCAGGUGUACCCUCCUCUGGGAAUCCCCUGACCAUCCCUGUACCUGUCGCUCUCACUAUCAGUGGACAAGGUGAUCAGAUAUCUAGUGGACCUGCCUUUGGUUCAAGCAGACCCAGCAGUAUCGCAGACAUUGCCCAAGCCAUGGGAGCAAACAACCCAGCGGGAUUAGAUGCAAGUUUGAAUCCUGACCUCUGCAGCGGCCUUCCUAUCGAUGGACUGGCAGCUCUCUUUAAUGGCUCCAUCAUAGUUUUCAGAGGUGACUUCUUUUGGCUGGUGAACCCCAAAACAAGAACAGCUGGCCCUACUCGUAGAAUCACUGAAGAGUUGGGUAUCCCUUCCCCGAUUGAUACUGCCUUCACUCGCUGCAACUGCCAGGGCAAGACCAUCAUCAUCAAGGGGGAUGAUUACUGGAGUUUUGAGAAUGGUGUAAUGGAGCUUGGAUAUCCCAGAUCAGUGUCUAGAGAUUUUGGUGGGCUCAAUGGUGAAAUCACUGCUGCUCUGCCUAUCCCUGCCACCAGAAAGAGACCAGAGGCUGUUUAUUUCUUCAAGAAAGGAGGAACAGCUCAGAAAUUCUCUUAUCCAUCUGGAAGUGGGCCGACUUGCAGUGGAAAGAGAUCUAAAAAUUCAUUCAACACCAAGAAUCAACAUGCUGGACAAGCAGAGAUCCAGUUGUCAGCAGUGAUCAACAUAAAUGCCAAGUGGAAGGGCUUCCCUACCCCUGUGACUUCAGCCUUGUCUAUGCCCAACCCCAAGAAAUCAGACGGUUUCGAUUACCUUGUUUUCUCUUGGCCUAAAGUCCUUAACAUCAAGAUCAGUGGUGAAGCGCUUACUUUGGCGGCCCCUGCCAGCAGUCCCUCCCAGCAGAAAGACAUCAGAAGCUGGCUCAACUGUCCCUGAAAAACCAGCACUAAAUGAACAAAACCAGCAUCUGCACGGCGAGAGAGAUUUCUCCAUUUAUUAGCAAAAUAAUAGAACAUAGUGUCAGGAUGAUUACUCACAAAAAUAUAAAACAACAAAUCUAAUCCAUUGUUUAAGUACACUGAAGGAAACUAAAUAUUAGAUGAAAAAAAAAAAAAGGGAAAAUAGCAGUAAACAGAUCUCAGA